AUGGAUGACCCAGAAACACUAGGGCCCUGCAGCCUCUCACACCUCCCCUCCGAAAUUCUCCUCCAAAUCUCCAGCUACCUCGACCUCCCCGCCCUAAACGCCCUAACCCAACUAAACCGCUCAACAACUCUCCUCCUCCUACCCUCCCUCUACAAACUCGACGCCCGCCAAUCCUCACAAGCUCUCUGCUGGGCCGCAAUCCACAACAACAAACCCGUCGCCCAAUCCUCCCUCGCCGCCGGCGCAAACCCAAUAACCGUCUCCGACCAAGACACCCUAAUAAAAGGCUGCACACCUCUCAUGCUAGCAGCCUACCACGGCAGUCUACCCGUCCUAUCCCUCCUCCUCACAUACCCAGAAACAAACCCCAACUCCCGAGACAGAAAAUACAUCAGACCACCCAUAACAUGGGCAACCAAGCACCGCCACGCCGCCAUCGUCCGCGCCCUCUUAAAAGACGACCGCACAGACCCCAAUCUACAAGAUAAAUUCGGCGAUACAGCGCUCAUGACCGCCGUAACGCUACAACCCGAUAUGAUCCCCGGCGCGACGGCUUUGUCGAGGGCUAGUCAGCGCGGUAUUGAGGUUGAUCUUAUCCUUGCGACGCAUUUGAGGUUUAUUCUUGAUGGAGAUGAGAGUGGGGCCCAUUGUCAGCAUGUUUUCUUUUAUGCGGCUAUUUCGGGGCAUGUUGAGAUUGUCGAGUAUCUGGUUGACGGAGCCGGACACCACGGUCGAGGCGCUUUCUCCAUCGCCGUCGAGCGCGGACAUAUCUCCGUCGUGAAGUACCUACUUGGAUGGGACAAGACGGAUCCGAAUCUGAGUGAUUCAUGGAAACACCAAUGUCCACUUCUUGUGGCUGCGAUUACCGGUGACGAGAGCAUGGUCUCUACGCUUGUGGAGUGUGAAAGGGUGGAUUUGUUGAAUCCCGAUGUCUCCGGUACCACGCCUUUACAUGCGGCUGUUGAGCGGAAUCAUGUGGAUGUUGUGAACCUUUUACUCCAGGCUUCGCGGUCCAGGUCGGGUCUAAAUCCAGGGACAGGGCCAGGGCCGGGUGGUACCCGGAUCGCAGAUGUUAAUGCGAGGAAUAGCUCCGGCCAGACGCCGCUUCAUAUUGCCGUUUUGCAGGACCAUGUUGAUCUCGUUAUGCUGCUUCUUGAAUCGGGCGCUGAUCCGAGACUUACUUGUGCUGACGGAUUGACUGCGUUGGAUCAGGGGGAUCAGUGGCGUCGCGAUGGGAGGGCGACGACGGCAUUACGGGAGUAUAUGAAGACAUUAUGA